AUGGACGAGCUACGGGCUAUCAGGGAGGACUUCGCGUCACGCCUCGGCACCACGGCGUCCGUCUUUGGGCUCAUCAUCUGCACAAUAGUUAUCCUGGAGCUGAUCACCAGGCUCGUCACCCUCCUGCGCAUCUUCAUCUGGGCAGCUGUCACGUUUUCGAGUGUCUUUGUUCUCUGGCCCGCCAGCAUACUCAUACUCACUCUCCACGCACUCACCAAGCUGCUAAUUGGACUGACCAUGCUUCUUGCGCUGCUCUUCGUCCAGCUCGUCAGGGUCUUCUGCUUUUCCGCCCGGGCCGUUAUUGCGCCUUUCAAGCUCUUCUCCUACAACAAUCGACUCGGACAGAGGGAUUCCAACGGCUGCGGUCUUCAGAUCAUAAAGCAGACCACGAAUGGACAAACAGUCAAUUCAACGUCCGUUCAUGACAUCAACAUGACGGGGCGUGGGUACUCCGGGGGUCAUCUUCAUAUUUUCCUCUCCGAUCGCUCUGGAAACAAAAUCGGCGUUGUCGUAGGUGACCUAGAGGCUGCCAGGGCAUGGCGAGCCACCAUUCUAGAAGGAAACGAUUCGCCGGUCCAGAAGGUCUGA